CUCCGAACUCGGACCGAUUCAAUCAAAGUGCGGAUCCAAAGGCACAGAAUUUUCAUCCACCUAUUCAAUAAUAUUAGAAACUUUCACUUGAUGGAAGCUUCCAACUACAAGUCAGAACCGUGGCGCCGUCGUCUCUUCUCUGCAAACCAAGCCAAUUUCACACUCUCGCUUUGACCCCAUUAAGAACCUUAGGUGGGUCCUCCCACAAAUUUCCAGUUCUCCUUCUCUCUCUUUAUAAUAUUCACCAGUUCAAGGCUUAGCAGAAACUCAUUUGGGUUCGUGGAAACUGAUAAGAGAAAUGAUACGAAAGAAUUGAGCUUCCUUUUCUUGUUUCUUUUUGGUGGAGUCAAGAUGGAGUUGUUUUCGCCAUUUGGUCUUCGUGUUUGGUCGUGGGCGUCUCUAGUUCUCUUGCUUCUGAAUAGUGGAUUAGUAUUCUCGGAUUCCGAAUAUCUGAUUGGGCUUGGAAGCUAUGAUAUUACAGGACCUGCUGCUGAUGUUAAUAUGAUGGGUUAUGCUAAUACUGAGCAGAUUGCUUCCGGGAUUCACUUUAGGUUGCGGGCUCGGGCUUUUAUUGUGGCAGAGCCACAAGGGAACCGAAUAGUAUUCGUCAAUUUGGAUGCCUGUAUGGCCUCACAGCUUGUGACAAUUAAAGUGAUUGAGCGAUUGAAGGCGAGGUAUGGGGAUCUCUAUACUGAAAAGAAUGUUGCUAUCAGUGGCAUUCAUACCCAUGCUGGUCCAGGGGGCUAUCUCCAAUACGUCGUGUAUAUUGUAACAUCGUUUGGAUUUGUGCGUCAAUCAUUUGAUGUUAUUGUAGACGGCAUUGAGAAGAGCAUAGUACAAGCUCAUGAAAAUCUCCAGCCAGGAUCGAUUUUUGUGAAUAAGGGAGAGCUGUUAGAUGCUGGAGUGAAUCGCAGUCCUAGUGCAUAUCUUAAUAACCCUGCAGAAGAGCGUAACAAGUACAUGUAUGAUGUUGACAAAGAAAUGACUCUUCUGAAAUUUGUUGACGAUGAAUGGGGUCCAGUUGGUAGCUUCAAUUGGUUUACUACUCAUGGAACUUCAAUGAGUCGUACAAACUCUUUGAUAAGUGGGGAUAACAAGGGUGCAGCUGCACGAUUUAUGGAGGACUGGUUUGAAAAGAAAGGUGUUGGCAACUCAUAUUCCAAUGAAAGUGUAGCUGAUGGAAUCCCUCGAAGAGUCUCAAACAUAAUUCCACACCUGCCUAGUAAUCACCAUGAGCUCCUAGAGCUUGCUGCAUCCUUCCAGUCUUCUCCUGGUAGACCAGCAACCAAGAUUCUUAGUGUUGCAAGACGUGUGAGAAGUUCUCUUAGGCAGGCUGAGAAACCUGCAUUUGUAUCUGCAUUUUGUCAAUCCAACUGUGGUGAUGUUAGUCCUAAUGUGCUUGGAGCCUUCUGCAUAGACACUGGACUACCUUGUGAUUUCAAUCACAGUACCUGCAGUGGAAAGAAUGAGUUGUGCUAUGGCCGAGGACCAGGUUAUCCUGACGAGUUUGAAAGUACACGCAUUAUUGGGGAGAGGCAAUUCCGAAAAGCUGUGGAACUUUUCAAUAAAGCAUCUGAGCGAGUAAAUGGAAAGGUUGAUUAUCGUCAUACUUUCCUAGAUUUCUCCCAGCUUGAAGUGACACUUCCUAAACAAGAGGGAAGUUUUGAAGUAGUAAAAACUUGUCCUGCUGCAAUGGGGUUUGCAUUUGCUGCAGGAACAACAGAUGGACCUGGAGCUUUUGAUUUUAAGCAAGGAGAUGACAAGGGAAAUGCCUUCUGGAGACUGGUCCGUAACUUUCUGAAAGCACCAAAUAAGGAACAAAUUGAUUGUCAGCAUCCAAAACCUAUCUUACUUGAUACAGGUGAAAUGAAGCAACCGUAUGAUUGGGCGCCUUCAAUACUUCCAAUCCAGAUCCUCAGAGUGGGCCAGCUAGUCAUUCUUAGUGUACCUGGAGAAUUUACAACAAUGGCUGGGAGGCGACUUCGAGAUGCUGUGAGGACAGUGCUUACAAGUGGAAAUGCAGAAUUCAGUAGCAAUGUUCAUGUUGUUAUAGCUGGAUUGACUAAUACUUAUUCACAGUAUGUGACCACCUUUGAAGAAUACGAAGUGCAGAGAUAUGAAGGCGCCUCCACUCUAUUCGGUCCACAUACUCUCAGUGCGUAUAUCCAGGAGUUCAAGAAACUUGCUAGUGCCCUUCUUAGUGGACAGACUGUGGAGCCUGGUCCGCAACCACCUGAUCUCUUAAAUAAGCAAAUAAGCUUGCUUCCCCCAGUUGUAUUUGAUGCAACCCCUCCUGGUGCAAAUUUUGGUGAUUGCAGUUCUGAUGUUCCCGAGAAUUCUACCUUCAAUAGAGGUGAUACAGUAACAGUUGAAUUCUGGUCAGCAUGCCCUAGGAAUGACCUCAUGACUGAAGGUACAUUUGCCCUCGUGGAGAUCCUUGAGGGAAAGGAUACUUGGGCUCCAGCUUAUGAUGAUGAUGAUUUUUGCCUUCGCUUUAAGUGGUCAAGACCUUUCAAACUAAGUGCGCGUAGUCACGCUACCAUCGAAUGGAGGAUCCCACAGUCUGCCACACCUGGUGUCUAUAGAAUAAGACAUUUUGGUGCUGCAAAGAGCCUUCUGGGUUCUGUUCGCCAUUUCACUGGCUCAUCUAGUGCUUUUGUUGUAGAGUGAUAAUUUAUUCUUAUAAUAUUGGCACGUCUUCUAUGGAAGCUAUCCUUGUAUUUGUCUUGAACAUGAUAUUAUUACAGGUGAUUAAUGGCUAGCGUAGCAUGAUGUAACACUCGUUUUCAAAUUUCAAUAUUCUAUAGUUUCUAUGUA